CUUGCUGCCACUUGUCUCGUACACUCACGAUCACAAACGUGAUUAAAUGGCACCCCGAGGGGGGCCGCGAGGUGACGCCCAGACGGGAAUCGAAGACGAUGGGACAAUGUCCUCGCCCGCGGUUACUCCUAGUGAUGAGGUCAAAAGCCGUUUCUGGAAGCGAGUCGCCGAGAUAACCUCGCGGUAUCACAACGUCGAAACGGGAUGGACAGGCACGAAGGAAGUCCGCGACUGGAACCACUCCAACCCGACGGCCUGCGAUAAGUGUCUGCGCAGCCGGGUGGAACGGCAAUGCAUUAUCGACGAGGAUCAACCCAGCUGCCGUCCUUGUCGAGACGCGAAAAUUUCAUGCGAUCGCAAAUGCAAAUUCAUCUAUGAUCUCACUAAGGACGACUUCUUCCCCGAAUACGCUCUCUUCUUACAUGUCUAUAAUGAUCGCAAGCCUGGUCAACUGCGCAAAUUAAAGCAAGCAGAGGCGUCUUUCCGAUACAGCCCUCGCUCCUUGGAUACACUCAGUACUCGCCGCGGAAGGAUGCUGAAUGCGCAAAAGGAGCACACCCGUGCGGCGGCAGCUGAUAAGGUCGAUGGACCUUACCCUGCUCCGGAGUUUCCGCCUUCCGGCUCCUCCUUGGAUCCCUAUCCGCCCCCGCUAUCCGCCCCCGGCACGUCGUUCGAUGCUUUCAGCACGUCGAGCAUUGACGCUUUAUCUCAGCAAUACAGUCAUGUGGUAGAACGUGCCCGCCAGGUCGAGGAUAUCGCUCGCUCCAUUCCACCCAAUCAAGCGCCCCUAUUAGGCGUUCCGGAUUUUGUCGGACUGGUGAAUUCGCUUGUGCAGGAAGUUUAUCAAUUCCGCGAAGCGUUGAUUCAAGGCACUGAGGUUUGA